GCGAGAAGUAGCAGCAGGACGGGCGGCGGCGGCGGCGGAGACGGAGACGGCGACGGCAGCCCUGAGAUGCAUUUACCUCUCCAGCGGCCAUGUUAACCAGGAAACCUUCGGCCGCCGCUCCCGCCGCCUACCCGACCGGCCGAGGAGGGGACAGCGCCGUUCGCCAGCUUCAGGCUUCCCCGGGGCUCGGUGCUGGGGCCCCCCGGAGCGGAGUGGGGACCGGCCCGCCCUCCCCCAUCGCCCUGCCGCCGCUCCGGGCCAGCAACGCUGCCACCGCAGCCCACACGAUUGGCAGCAGUAAGCACACAAUGAAUGACCACCUCCAUGUCGGCAGCCACAGCCAUGGACAGAUCCAGGUUCAGCAGCUGUUUGAGGAUAACAGUAACAGGCGGACAGUGCUCACAACACAACCAAAUGGGCUCACGGCGGUGGGCAAAGCGGGGUUGCCGGUGGUGCCGGAGCGGCAGCUAGAGAGCACCCACAGACGGCAGGGGAGCUCCACCUCCCUGAAGUCUCUGGAAGGCGUGGGGAAGGUGAAAGCCAUCCCCAUGACACCCGAGCAAGCCAUGAAGCAGUACAUGCAAAAACUAAGCAGCUUUGAACACCAUGAGAUUUUCAGCUACCCUGAAAUAUACUUCUUGGGUCCAAACGCAAAGAAGCGCCAGGGCAUGACAGGCGGGCCGAACAACGGUGGCUACGACGAUGACCAGGGAUCCUAUGUGCAGGUGCCUCACGAUCACGUGGCUUACAGGUACGAGGUCCUCAAGGUCAUUGGGAAGGGGAGCUUUGGGCAGGUGGUCAAGGCCUAUGACCACAAAGUCCACCAGCACGUGGCCCUGAAGAUGGUGAGGAACGAGAAGCGCUUCCACCGGCAGGCGGCCGAGGAGAUCCGCAUCCUGGAGCACCUGCGGAAGCAGGACAAGGACAGCACCAUGAACGUCAUCCACAUGCUGGAGAACUUCACCUUCCGCAACCACAUCUGCAUGACGUUCGAGCUGCUCAGCAUGAACCUCUACGAGCUCAUCAAGAAGAACAAGUUCCAGGGCUUCAGCCUGCCUUUGGUUCGCAAGUUCGCCCACUCCAUCCUGCAGUGCCUGGAUGCUUUGCACAAAAACAGGAUAAUUCACUGUGACUUGAAGCCCGAGAACAUUUUAUUAAAGCAGCAGGGUAGAAGCGGGAUUAAAGUGAUUGAUUUUGGCUCCAGUUGUUAUGAGCAUCAGCGGGUCUACACGUACAUCCAGUCCCGUUUCUACCGGGCCCCGGAAGUGAUCCUUGGCGCCAGGUACGGCAUGCCCAUCGACAUGUGGAGCCUGGGCUGCAUCCUAGCGGAGCUCCUGACCGGUUACCCGCUCUUGCCUGGGGAAGACGAAGGGGACCAGCUGGCCUGUAUGAUUGAACUGCUGGGCAUGCCCUCCCAGAAACUGCUGGAUGCAUCCAAACGAGCCAAAAAUUUUGUGAGCUCCAAGGGUUAUCCCCGUUACUGCACUGUCACGACUCUCUCAGACGGCUCCGUGGUUCUCAAUGGAGGCCGUUCCCGGAGGGGGAAACUGAGGGGCCCACCGGAGAGCAGAGAGUGGGGGAAUGCACUGAAGGGGUGUGACGAUCCCCUUUUCCUUGACUUCUUAAAACAGUGUUUAGAAUGGGAUCCUGCGGUUCGCAUGACCCCUGGCCAGGCUUUGCGGCAUCCCUGGCUGAGGAGGCGGCUGCCAAAGCCUCCAACGGGGGAGAAGACGUCAGUGAAAAGGAUCACCGAGAGCACUGGUGCUAUCACAUCCAUUUCCAAGUUACCUCCACCUUCCAGCUCAGCUUCCAAACUGAGGACUAAUUUGGCACAGAUGACAGAUGCCAACGGGAAUAUUCAGCAGAGGACAGUGUUGCCAAAACUUGUUAGCUGAGCUCAGUCCCCCGAUGCUGGUAAUUCUGAAAGAUACGACAUUGCUGAGCCUUACUGGGUUGAAAAGGAGUAGCUCAGACCUGUUUUUAUUUGCUCAAUAACUCAACUCAUUUGUAUCUUUUUGGCACUUAUUUUAAUGUAAGAAAGUUGUUUGUUUUGUUUUUAUAAAAUACAUGGGGACAAUGCUUUAAGUUUUUAUACUUUCUGAAACUGUUUUUGUGUUCUAAAAGUACGAUGAGCCUUACUGUAUUUAGUGUGGCAGAGUAAUAAACAUCAGUGGCAGGCCAUUGAUUACGUCAUGACUGCCGCGCAUC